AUGAUCGAUGUACCGGAUCCUAUCAUCAUUAAUGCUUUUGCAUCAGUCAUUGCUUUGAUAACCACUGUCAUUUCGAUCCCUGGUGCUAGGCGAUUAUUCAUCCAAGCUGGCCUUCAUGGACGCGAUCUGAAUAAAACUUCCGAUGAGAAAGUAGCGGAAUCACUCGGUGUUGUAUGUGGCUGUGCUUUCCUCAUUACAGUAUUCAUUUUUAUUCCCAUUCCUUACAUUGCAUUAUGGCUGGAGCGAGGAAAAUACACAUUUCCACAUCAUGAGUUUGUGGAGCAUAUUUCUGCUCUACUAUCUAUUUGUUGUAUGAUUCUGCUUGGCUUCUCUGAUGAUGUUCUCAAUCUUAGAUGGCGUCAUAAGCUCAUUUUACCAACUAUUGCUUCACUACCACUUCUAAUGGUCUAUUUAGUCAAUUUUGGAUCUACAACUAUCAUUGUUCCCAAGAUUUUGCACGCUUACGUUGGGAAUGAUUUGAAUUUAGGCUUCCUUUACUACGUCUAUAUGGGUAUGCUGGCCGUCUUUUGCACCAAUGCUAUUAAUAUAUAUGCCGGAAUUAAUGGUAUUGAAGCUGGCCAAUCAUUAGUUAUUGGACUUUCUGUAAUGACUUUUAAUAUCAUUGAACUUAAUGGAGCAUCCCCUGAUGCGCAUCGUUUCUCACUUUAUUUUAUCAUGCCCUUUUGUGCAGUCACUGCUGCGCUUCUCUUUCAUAACUGGUAUCCUUCAAGAGUUUUUGUAGGUGAUACGUUUUGCUAUUUUGCCGGAAUGACAUUUGCAGUGGUCGCUAUUCUAGGACACUUUAGCAAAACCAUGCUGCUAUUUUUCAUCCCACAAAUCUUUAAUUUCUUGUAUUCGUGCCCACAACUCUUUGGGCUUGUCCACUGUCCUAGACAUCGACUUCCAAAGUUUAAUCCUAAGACAGGAUUACUCGGCAUGAGCUUUGCCCACUUUAAAAGCAAAGAUUUAAAUUUUCUUGGUCGUCUAUGUCUAAGAUUGUUUCGUCUUUUUGGCCUUUUGCAUGUCGAAGAGAGUAACGGAGAGGGUAAAGAAUAUAUGCAGGUCAACAAUUUAACAAUUAUCAAUCUUUUAUUAAAAUAUAUUGGACCGACGAGAGAACCCGUACUAACGACAUACCUCUUAAUCAUUCAAGUAUUAUGUUCCGGAUUGGCCUUUUUAAUAAGAUAUAAAAUUGCUGGAAUAUUUUAUGAUAUCGUAGUUUAG